UCCAACAGGUGACGCUAAUACACCCAAAAGUAGUUUGAUCCGUAUAAACAAAAAGAAGGUGAAUACUGCGCCAUCUUGUCACCCAAAAAGCACAAACUGAAGCAUAACUUGUUUGGUGGAUUCGCUUCAUCAUAAUAUAUCUUUAAUAUAGUCCAAUAAUAUUGAAUAAAGUAGGCAGUUUGAAUAAGUGGCGUCAAAAUGCCCUCCUGCUCGGCGUGGGGCUGUUCGAACCGAUCAGACGGCGGAAAGCGGAUGCAUCGUUUUCCGCGUGAUCCGGUUCGGAGGAGAACCUGGGAACAGAAGCUGCGCCGAGAAGGUUGGAAGGCCAACGAUCGGAGCCUCCUCUGCGAAGAUCACUUUGAUGAGACACAGUAUGAACAGUUCAGGGCUGAUAACCUGAGGAGACUAACCCCAAAUGCCAUCCCAACACGGUUUUCUUUCACAAAGGCAAAGCUUUCAAAGCCACGGAGAUUCCUCAAACGCCACAGAGCGGACACUACAAACGACUCUGCUCGUGUCACCAAGAGAAUCCAGCUGGAGCACUGCUACUUUAUGUCCACUUCACAUGCUGUCCAGAAGCUCCCGAGGCAGUCCUCAGAUGGUCAUCAGUCCAGUCUUGCACGGACUUGCCGUGUAUGUGGUUUGAGGUUUGCGGCUCGAGACUGGAUUCCAAAGGAGGCGGCACUGUUCAAGGAUGAAAUCCUGCACCUGUUUCACACAAACAUCGAAGGCGAGGACGAAACUGUCAACCCACCACGUGUGUGUGCAAAGUGCUGCAAAACUCUUCUCGCCUGCCGGGAAACAUUAAAGCAAGGGCAACUCUUCCAAACCUCGCUGACCCUGACAAGGUUCCUGCCGCAUGCUCAGUACGAUGAGUGCACUGUUUGUAAACCACCUGGUAGACGGUCAAAGACGUUCUGCAGCCCAGAAAGACCCGACAGUGACUCGGUUCCCCCGACAUCUGUCCAGGUUGCUGUCAAUGACACGCCACCACAUCUCACAGAUGAAUUUGUGAGCGAGACAGCAUUGGUUCACGGCUACACGCGAGCAACAGGUGACAAGGGGGCACUUAUUUUUAUCAGGUUAAAAAAGAAGAACCAGCAAUGGCAAGUUGAGCAAGAAGUGACUGUCAAUCCGGACAGAACCUGGAAACUGUGCAUCCAAAACCACGAGCUACCAUUGUUGACAAAUCCAGUCUUAUCUAAAGCAUCUCUGCCGGUCAUGCUAACGCACAUGUCCUGUCAUCUGCUGUUCAGCUUUUUUAAAAAUGUCAGCAUCUGUGUGGGAAAUGUCGGCUUUGAGGAUCUCCUUGAAUCGCGAAGAGUCCAACCGAAGCAGCCGGUAACCUUCAAGAGCAACGAUGGCACCGUCAUUGCAGAGGAGGAGAUGGAUGCUUAUGUUAAGGACAGAGGACAGUUAUAUAGUUCCACAAUCAGACACAAGGGGUGCCAUAUAAUUGUACCACCGUACCAGCUGUCGUCACAAUGUGCCACUUGCGUUAUGUACCGCUACACACUGAAGUCUUUGUCCUCAAAAAGUAAAAAGACUGAUGAGCAGGAGACAUCCAAGCUGCAAAACCUCCGCAAGAGGAACAAGACGCAAGCUCGCUGCAUCCAGCAGUUACAGGCCAAACUGGAAAAGUCGGUCAACAAGGAAGGCCUCAGGCUGAAGAAGAGCCACAGCACCCUAAAGCAAAUUGUGCAGCAGGCACAGCCUAACGUUUCUGUCACAAACAACACGGCACAGUGGCAGCUGGUACAACGGUGACAAGAGCAUGCCACAAACACAAUGUUCUUAAUGUUUCUCUGCAGGUGUGCACAGUCAACGAGAGAGAAAUUUGGAUGGGUUCCGUUUUUACAUUAACACACAUAAUUUUCAUUUUAUUUAUGCAAAAUGAUAGUUUGUGGAGAUUCAAGAUUUUUGUCUGAGAAUUCAUUAAAUUUGGUUCCUUAACAAGUUCA